AGGCAAUCCAUCCAACAGUUGUUGAGAUAUUUCAGUCUGGACCGAACCGGUGCACCAAACCGACCAAAGACUUGUCCUCCAGCCAGUGAUUUAUCUCAGUUUAUUCUCUCAGGAAAAAGCGGCUGAACAUAUUUUUUCUCUCGCUGGCUAGAAGAAACAGGACAGCCGUCCGUGCCAAGGAGAAGGCGUAGACUUCCUCCAAACAUUUCCUCCGCCAUCUCCGCUUUCGAGACUCUAAAGUUUUGUGGAAUCUUUGAGACGAGAGGAGUUUUUCUCUUCUUUUUCUCCACUACCUGGACGUUUCAUUCCCUCCUCCUCUUUUUUUUUGCCACAAAACGACAGAGAGGAAUCUGAACUUCUGUAGACAUGGACUGGGGAACUGAUCUUUGGGACCAGUAUGAUGUCAUCGACAAGCAUACGCAAUCAGGCCUCGACCUGGUGGAACGUUACAUAAAGUUUGUGAAGGAACGGACAGAGAUCGAACAAAGCUACGCCAAGCAACUCAGGAGUCUGACAAAGAAAUAUGCCAAACGAGGGAGCAAGGAAGAGCUAGAUUGCAAAUUCAGCAAUCACGAAUCAUUGCAGGAGAUCCUUAACGAGCUGAACGAUUACGCCGGCCAACGGGAGCUCAUCGCUGAAAACAUGAUAACCGGCAUCUGUGUCGAACUCACAAAGUACCUUCAGGACCUCAAACAAGAACGCAAAACACACCUGUCUGAUGCCAAGAAGGCCCAGCAGAAUUUAGAGAGCAGCUUAAAACACCUAGAAAGUACUAAAAAACGCUUUGCCAAGGAGUGGGCAGAGGCUGAAAAAGCCACACAACAAGCAGAGAAAACAGAGAGUGACCUCAAUGCCACCAGGCUCGACGUCGAGAAAGCCAAGCAGCAUGCCCAUGCCCGUACACACACAGCAGAGGAGUGCAGGAACGACUAUGCAGCACAGCUCCAGAAAUACAACAAGGAACAGAACUUCUUCUACUACUCAGAGAUACCGCAGAUCUUCAACAAAAUGCAGGACAUGGAUGAGCGGAGGAUCCGGCGGCUGGCAGAGGGCUACUGCCAGUUUUCAGACAUCGAGAAGAAGGUGCUGCCCAUCAUCUCCAAAUGUCUAGAGGGAAUCUCUGUAGCAGGGGGGAAAAUUGAUGAGAAACAGGACUCAAUACUGUUCAUAGAGCAGCACAAGUCUGGUUUCGAGCGACCCGCAGAUGUGGAGUUUGAAGACUACACCCAGGGAAUCAAAGCAGCAACCUCCGACUCCAGCCUCAACCCACCGAAAGUGCGCGCCAAACUGUGGCCUUUCAGCAAGAAGCACAAGCCGCCUGCUGCAGAGGACUUCUCUCACCUUCCUCCGGAGCAGAGGAAGAAGAGGCUGCAGGGAAAGAUUGAUGAAAUCUCCAAAGAUCUGCACAAGGCACAGGACCAGAGUGACGCUCUGGAGAAGAUGAAGGGUGUGUAUGAGCAGAAUCCACAGAUGGGAGACCCCUCUAGCCUGGAGCCUCAGAUCACAGAGACUGCCCAAACCAUUGGGCGCCUGAGGGGGGAGCUCACCAAAUAUGAGACGUGGCUGUCAGAAGCAGUGGGAGGAGAAGAAUCUUCCAACACCAUCAACAAUAAUACUCCGCAUGGCGUUGUAACAGCUGACCAGCCUCAGAACAUCUACUCAGAGUUUGAUGAUGAGUUUGAUGACACAGAGACUCCUCUUGGCCAAUGCACAGCUCUGUACACCUUUGAAGGCAACAGCGAGGGCACCAUUUCCAUUACAGAGGGAGAGCAGCUGAGUAUAAUGGAGGAUGAUAAAGGAGAUGGAUGGAUGAGAGUCCUUAGAGCCAGUGGAGAGGAGGGUUAUAUACCUUCAUCCUAUGUCAAACUCACCCCGUAACACUCACACACACACACACACAUACACACACACUCUCACAUACACACACAGAGCUUGUGAUGGAAAGCAAGUUAAGAGCCAAAGGUGAAUACAAAGUCAUCCCAGAUAAUUGGAGCUUUUCUAUAUUUUUUAUCUCAGCUAGUGACGUGUACGGCGAGAUGAAAGCGAGUGAUUAUAAAGCUUGUUAUCAAGGCUCAUUGCAAUAUCAUACACUCCCUGUCUCUGCUCGCUGUGGCAGGAGAGGCCGUCUGUAAACACAGACUGUCACUUCUGCCUGAUCUUUAUCGAUUCCACUUCUUUAAAAAAAACAAACUUUUGAAUGUAUGCCUGAACUUUUUGUCACAAUGUUAAGUGACGACUCAUGUAACAUAUUCAGCAUCAUAGUAGCUUAAUGCUACAUUCUUUUGCAUAAAUGUAUCCAUUCACUUGACUUUUUCCCACUGCCAUUUCUAACAACCUGCUGAACUUUUUCUUUUUGUUAACACCAACCCUCUGUUCAAGCCCCUUUUCCUGAUAAGAUAAUGUGAGUUUUUUUUUUUUUUUUUUUUUAUCAUAGUAAUGUGAUAUUUUAUGAUUUAUAACUGGAUGAAAACCACUACUCAAGGGAGUGCACAAGUUAUAAUAUCCCUCAAUGGACAGUCGUGUGAAAAGGUUCACAUUUUAGUCUUAGCUUUAAAACAGUCAGGUACCUAAAUGAACAUUGAUUUGUUUUUCUUGCUGUAAUUAUUCCUCCAUAAUGCAUUUCUCUCUGCAAAGAUGUGUUUAAAAGAUUAUUUGAAGCUAAUACGGCUUCAGGCUUCAGCCUUCAGCCAUCCAAAUUAGUCAAAUGAAUUCAAAAUCGUUUAGUGCCCAAUUCCCUCUUUUUUGAUACUAUCCUUCCACUGCAGCUGAACAGGAAAAACACUGUCCGGACUGUAAAUGUGGAAAAUAUCCCAUUUAUUUGACUA